AUGCCAGAAAUGGCUGUGUUGGCAUUGGGAAAGCAAUAUUCUUUCCCUGACUGGCCUGAGGUAGCUGUGCAAGGGGUUGGCUGUGUUGUGUUUGCACCCCUGGCAUGCCGAAUUUGCAACCUGGAUAUAUUACGCUGGAUGUGUGAUUUGCCACAUUUUGAUCUGGUCCUUUCCAAUUCAUACAUGUAUUGGACUGACUGGGGUGAAACACCCAGAAUAGAACGGGCAGGAAUGGACAGCAGCACGCGAAAAAUAAUUGUCGAUUCAGAUAUUUAUUGGCCAAAUGGACUCACGAUAGAUCUUGAUGAGCAGAAACUGUACUGGGCUGAUGCAAAACUGAGUUUCAUUCAUAGGGCAAAUCUGGAUGGUUCCUUUAGGCAAAAAGUUGUUGAAGGUAGUCUUACUCAUCCCUUUGCGCUGACGUUGUCUGGGGACACUUUGUAUUGGACGGACUGGCAAACACGCUCCAUUCAUGCCUGUAACAAAAGGACAGGAGAGAAAAGGAGAGAAAUAUUGUCUGCCCUAUAUUCGCCGAUGGACAUCCAGGUCUUAAGUCCAGACCGGCAGCCAUACUUUCACACUCCAUGUGAAGAAAACAACGGUGGUUGCUCCCAUCUGUGCCUGCUGUCUCCAAGAGACCCCUUCUACAGCUGUGCCUGUCCCACUGGUGUGCAGCUAGAAGACGAUGGCAGGACAUGCAAAUCAGCUUUGGAAAGUUCCCCUUUCACAGCUUUUAAAAAAGCAUUGCUGAAUGCUCAGGACAACCUUUUUAGACGUUCAUAUUGA